GGCUGCUGCUGGUGGUUGAGAUGGAGGCGGGAGGAGGAAGGGCGGAGGAGGGGGUGACGAGGGUGCUUCUGGUGGACGACUCGCCGGUGGACAGGAGGGUGGUGCAGCUCCUCCUCAGCAGCAGCGCCUGCGCCGGCUCCUUCCAUGUUAUCGCCGUCGACAGCGCGAAGAAGGCCAUGGAGUUCCUCGGCCUCAAGGAAGAAGGCAAGGAGCAGGAGCAGGCCAUCGACAUGGUACUCACCGACUACUGCAUGCCUGAGAUGACCGGCUAUGAGCUUCUCAAAGCCAUCAAGGCGCUGAGCCCUCUGAAGCCGAUCCCGGUGAUCGUCAUGUCGUCGGAAAACGAGCCCCAGAGGAUCAGCAGAUGCUUGAAUGCUGGUGCUGAAGAUUUCAUCGUAAAGCCUCUUCAAAGCAAGGACGUACAGCGGCUCAGGAACUGCUCGUCCGCGAACGCGCAGUGCUGCAACGCCGGGAGCGAUGGCAAGCUGCUGCUCCCAUCGGACCACGUCGUCGUCGAUGCCUCCGCCGCCGCCGCAGCGUCGACGCCAUCCUCCCGGCGACGAGCGCGCUUCGCCGGUGUUGCCAUGGUCCUGCACUCGUCGAGCGUCGAGCUGUCGCAUUACUUCCCUUUCCUAUUCAAGUUCAUCCUGCUGGUGUACGCCAUCCUGUGCCUGGGUGAGCUCCUGCACAGAUGGUCAAACGGAUGCUUCCUCGACCUGUGGUGUGCUUGACAAAUGACACCUGGUGCAGUCCAAGGCAAAGGCAGGGGACUGCAAGGCUGCAGCUGGCAAGCUCUUCUUUGCAAUAGCUUAUGCACUGAAGGAGCAGCAUGCAGAGGAGGUUAAUGUUACAACAGAUGAUGAUGAUGAUGAUGAUGAUGAUGAUGGAAGUUUUAGGUAGAUUGUUUGCUUUGAGAUUCUAACCUGAAGUUUGGUUCUCCUUGCCUUUGGUUGAUCAGAGGAGGGAGGCAGAACCACCCUUGUAUCCUUGUACAAAAAGCAUAAUGAGGCAGUAUCUGAUGUCCUUUUUGGCUGGGAUCUUGGCUGAUAUGCCGAUGUGACAUUCAGAGAACUUUUUCCUUGCCCCUUUCCUUUCGCUGAUGGCAACUGGUCACCUGUAUUGUAGUUCAGAUCCCAUGAGAAAAGAACUUAAACAAGUUGACUAAUGCAACAUCAGGUUCUUCUGCUGGGAAAUGAAACAAAAAUGCAGAUAGACAGUACGGUUUCACCACAACGGCUGUAAACUUGUAGUUGCAUUCAGACAGGCGAAACUGCGCCAUAGAAUGUUUUUCAGUUGUGACAUUUCAAGCUAAUGACUCGAUUUCCAAAUGAAAGCUAUUUACACGCCUAGCAAUGUACAGCUGUAAGGUUCUAUAUCUUCAUAGUAUCAUCUCCUUGUGGAGGAAUGUGAUCUCCC